CCCCCCUUUUCUCCUUUUUUUUUUUUUUUUCGCCUUUUUCUCCUCCUUCCUUCCCCUCCCUCUUCCCUCCUCCCCUUCCCCUGCUCCGCCGAAAACUCCCGUGCAAAGCCCGAAGCGCGCUCGGGCUGGAAAGUUGCGGCAGGCUGCGGAGCUCCGCGGCUGCGGGGAGAGGAGAGGCUCCGGACUUACAAACCGCGGACGGGGGCACGGGUUAGACGCCGCGCACCGGCCUUCUUCCAGCGCCGACCCGGAGGCAGCAUCUUUGUUUUGCUUUGCUUUUGCCCUCCUGCUGCUGCCGCUGCUCCUUUCGGCGUGCAGCCCGGCGGCUGAGUGCUAGGAGCUGCCGCAGCCCGCCGUGCGCUGCGAGCCCGCACCGAAAGGCAGCAGGCGGCCGGGCGUCCUCGGGCUUUGUUGCUCCGAAACGAGAAGCCCCAAGAAGCCGGGAGAAGGAGGCGGCCGAGGGGGGAGCGGCGGAAAGGAAAGCGAGGAAGCCGAGGCCAAGUUUCUUUGGAGUAAAGGAGAGCGGGCAGCCCUCUGCCAGGCUGCACGCUGGAGUGAGGUCUCCAGCCCCCUCCGCCCGGAGAGGUGCCCCCAAGACAGCGAUGGCCGGAGAGCUCAGCAUCGGAGCCGAGCUGCCCACCAGCCCCCUGGCCAUGGAGUACGUCAACGACUUCGACCUGAUGAAGUUCGACGUGAAGAAGGAGCCCCUGGGCAGGAACGACCGCUCGGGCAGGCACUGCACCCGCCUGCAGCCUGCCGGCUCCGUCUCGUCCACCCCCAUCAGCACUCCCUGCAGCUCUGUGCCCUCCUCGCCCAGCUUCAGCCCUACCGAGCAGAAGACCCACUUGGAGGACCUGUACUGGAUGGCCAACAGCUACCAGCAGAUGAACCCCGAGGCGCUGAACCUCACCCCGGAGGACGCGGUUGAAGCCCUCAUUGGGUCCCACCAGGUGUCCCAGCAGCUGCAAGGCUUUGAGAGCUUCCGGGCCCACCACCAUCAUCAUCAUCACCAUCACCAACACCACCACCAGUACCCCGCGGUCACUCAUGAAGACCUGGCCGGCAGCGGGCACCCUCAUCACCACCAUCAUCACCACCACCAGGCCUCUCCCACCCCUUCCACCUCCUCCAACUCCUCCCAGCAGCUCCAGAACUCGCACCAGCAGCAUCCCCCCUCCAGCAGCGUGGAAGACCGGUUCUCCGAUGACCAGCUGGUCUCCAUGUCCGUGAGGGAGCUCAACAGGCACCUCCGAGGCUUCACCAAAGACGAGGUGAUCCGCCUCAAGCAGAAGAGGAGGACCUUGAAGAACAGGGGCUAUGCCCAGUCCUGCAGGUACAAACGUGUCCAGCAGAAACACCACCUGGAGAAUGAAAAGACCCAGCUCAUUCAGCAGGUGGAACAGCUCAAGCAAGAAGUGACCCGGCUCGCCAGAGAGAGAGACGCCUACAAGCUCAAGUGUGAGAAACUUGCCAGCAAUGGCUUCAGAGAGGCCGGCUCCACCAGUGACAACCCGUCUUCCCCUGAGUUCUUCAUGUGAGUGCUUAACAAAAAUAAUUAAAAAACAAAACAAAAAAAACCUACCCCACACCUGAAUCCCGACCCCCAUCACCUUCCCCCCCGCUCCCAUCCUCUUCUGACAUCUUCAUCCAUCUGUCUGCUUGACUAGAGAGAAAGAAGGAGAGAAAAAUAGAGACUUGAUUUUUUUGCAGCAUCCAAACUUCUAGAUUAGCUGUGGGAAAAGUAGGCUGGGGGUGGGGACGGGAGAGGUAAAGUGCAACUUUUUGACUUUCGUUUGUGAGUUAGAGAGAGGGACCGAGGCAGAGGCAAAGGAGGAAAGGACAAGUGAAGCGUUUUAUAGAUCGCUUGCUUGCAGAACAAGAUGGACUUUAAGAGAAUAAUAAUAAAAAAGGACAAUGAACAAGCCAUCUAUAACAUACUGUCUGCUCGGAAAGAGAGGACAUAUACAGCACCAUCUCAUGCACAAUUUACCUGCUUGGAAAAAGAGAAUAAAUAAAAAGGACAAUAUAUGCAAACUCUUCAUAUAUUGCCUGCUUUGAGAAAUAAGUUACAGGACUCAGAUGGGACAUUCAAUCUAAGAAAGGAAAGAAAGAAAAACUCAUCAGUUUUAUUGCCUGCUUGAUUAUAUAGAAAAAUACGAAAAUCUGCAUUAAAAAUAUUAAUCCUGCAUGCUGGACAUGUAUGGUAAUAAUUUCUAUUUUGUACCAUUUUCUUGUUUAACUUUAGCAUGUUGAUCAUCGAUCAUAGAUUUCUGUUGUUGUUUUGUUUCAUCGAUAAGAAAAGCAUCACAAGUUAUCAAAACUUUUUACUGCUUGUGCAGUUUUGUUCGUUGGUUUUGCUCUUAUUUUUCUUUUAUGGUUGUUAGCUUGUAAAUAUCUGCUACUUCAAACCGCACAGGAAAAACAAAAAACAAAAACAACAUUUCAGCAGGCUGGUUAUACGGUUUGUUUGGUAUUAAAGAGAUACUUAAAAAGAAGUUAUGGGCAUUUUGCAUUCAAAAAAAAAAAAAAAGGAGAAAAAAAAACUUUGUAUAUCUGGUGCACUUUUAAGUUGUAUUUUUUUUAGUUUUCAUUUUGGUUUUUGUUUGUUGGGGCAGAAGAAAAAACGCCUGAAUGGCAUUGACAAACCUAAACUUAAGAGGGAAAAACUCUCAUCAGUCACUAGAGCCUACUGCAUGCCUUAAAGUGGCAGCGAAGCUCUUUCCUUCAGGACGAUUCCCAGCCUGUAGUGGUUAGACCUGGCCAUGCAGCCUCCCUUCUGAUUGUAAACUCAGGAAACGAGGGAUGGACGAGACAUAUUUUCCUUUUCAGAAAAAGCUGCCCCUGCAUUUUCAGUAAAUAGGGAAAAAGCCACCCUCCUGGUUACGAGGCAAGUCGCACGGCAGCAAGUGGUCCGUGUCCCCAUGGAGUUAGGUUUCUCAAUGGUAGCAGUAGAUGAGUGGGCUGGAAAAGCAUAUAAAACUAAAACUUUUAUUUGAGAAGACAUACUGCAACUUUUAAGUGUAUUCUUUUGCAAUGAUUUGUAAUCUGCUUCUCUGCUUCCCUACGCAGCGAGUGAAAGUUUUAGCCAAAAUUUAUUUGCAGUUGUAUAGUAGUAGUAGUUGGGAGUCUUAUGGGUGUUUUUAUUACUUUUUUUUUUUUUCCUCCUGCAGGUCAGUAAAAGGAUUUACGUUGCACUGACAAAAAUACCAAAAUGAAAACUUAUUUUUUAGUUUCCUUUUAGGAUAGCUGGCACUGCUGGCCGGAUGCAUUUUAAGUUUGUAUUAGUUUAUAAAUUAACAGUAAUAACAAGAUUGUAAUGAACAGCAUGGUGCUUGCAGUUUUAAAUAUUGUGGAUAUUAGUCAUGCAUCAGAAAACGAUCUUUGGUUUUUACUGAUUCAACUGUGUUGAAAUCAAAACAUUGCAGCAGCGGAAAAAAAUUGUUUUUAUUUCAUGUAAAGUUCUGAAGGGAUCAAUUUCAAAUCCUGCUUAUGAUAUGAAAAAUAUUAAAAAACCUGGUCUAUUGUAGUUUUAUUCAGACUGGUUUCUGUUUUUGGUUAUUAAAAUUGUUUCCUAUUUUGCUUAUUAAAAUCAUUGAAAUGGCA